GGCGAGCAAGUUUGUUCCCCGAGUUUGGAUCCCCGAGGUCUCUGCGGCGGUUGCGCCGGUGCCCUCCGCAGGGGUCGGGAUGGAGCUUCCGGCCGUGAACCUCAAGGUGAUUCUCCUGGUUCACUGGCUGCUGACAACCUGAGAGACCUGAGACCUGCAGCCAGAGGGAGGUGACCUGCCAGUUGGUGGCCGCUUCACUGAUGGUGGUUGCUGCUGCUUCCUGCAGGGGCAGCAUUGUCUUUGGGGGCCCCUAUUCCUGGGCCAACUUCACCAUCCUGGCCUUGGGCGUGUGGGCCGUGGCGCAGCGGGACUCGGUCGACGCAAUAAGCAUGUUUCUGGGGGGCUUGCUGGCCACCAUCUUGCUGGACAUCAUCCACAUCAGCAUCUUCUACCAAUGGAACGUGGUCUCCGCCACGGGCCGCUUCAGCGCCGGCAUGGCCAUCCUCAGCCUGCUGCUCAAGCCCCUCUCCUGCUUCCUCGUGCACCACAUGUACCGGGAGCGUGGGGGCGAGCUCCACUUCCACUCUGACUUCCUCGGGCCUUCUCAGGAGCGCAGUGCCUACCAGACGAUCGACUCCACGGCGGAGCCCGCAGAACCUGUCUCCGGCUUCGAGCCCAGGGGCCCGGACGCCAGAGGAUACUGAAGCCAGCCUCCUGCCCUGGCCCCCUUGGCCACAUCACAGGCCUGGUGUCUGGGAGGUCCUGGGGACACACCUUUUACUGGACCUAAAAUGAGUUAUCUUUCCCCAUUUCAAGGGUUGGGGUUGCUGAGUCUUGUCUGAGGGGCCAUGGCCGCCCAGUCCCACAAAGUCGUCUGUCCUCACUCUCUGAGGCCUGCUGUCCCUCCAAAGCACCCCACUGGCCCUCAUCCUGGAUCUUUUUUGUUACCUCCCACCCCAAAAUUGCACUGUGCAGGCCUCAGGCCCAGUUGAGCAUGGCCAGGGGUGGCUAGGAUGACUACUUCCUGGACCUGCCCCCAAGCUCUGAGAGCUGCAGGUCAUGCCCAGCUCCUCGAGCAGCUGGCAUGGGAGUAAGGUCCCCAUGCUUCUCACUGCCUGGCCACUCGGGGCCUGGGGCCUGGGCCUGGACUCCAGGGGACCUGCCACGGCCUGUGGCUGCCAGUCUUGGUACCAUGGCAUUAAAGUUCGUGGAUUCUGGGACUGGACUGUGUUCUGAGCCAUGUUUUAUAUUCCAGCUGGGUGGAUGCCUAGUUGGCCAUUCCUGGGACCAUUUGUCUUCUGAGUCCCCAGGAGCAGCCCCGACCAUCCAAACUGCCGGGUGAGUCUGAUGUGGCCACAGAAAGCAGGGGCUCCCUCUGGGCCUGCCUUGUCACCGGUGCCCAGCAGAGGAUGGCAUGGUCAGUGUGGCCCAUGUGCGUCCGCCCUCUGACUCAGCUCCUUAGGCACAGAGCUGUCAUUAGCAGGCAGGAGACAGGCCCCGGUUGCAAAGCCAAGCCCUGAUGUUUUCUCUCCUUGACUUUCUUGAUCAUUAGCUAUAGAUAAGACCCAAAGGAAGCUGGGCAUGGUGUCACACGCCUGUAAUCCCAGCAUUUGGAAGGCUGAGGCAGGAGGAUCUGCAAGUUCAAAACCAGCCUGAGGUACAUACUGAGCUCAAGGCCAGCCUUAACUGUACAGCAAGACCCUGUCUUAAAAACAAACCAAAAAAAAAAAAUCCAUGUGAUCUUACGAUUUUCAGCUUUAGCUUUAAAGGACAGAGCCCCGGGGCUGGGGGUUUAGCUCAGCGGCAUAAGCGCCUGCCUUGGAAGCAGGCAGUCGUGAGUUCGAUCCCCGGUACCGAUAAAAAGGAAAAAGACAAAAAAAAAAAAAAAAAAGGACAGAGCCCCUUCUGAUGCGCCACUAAGGUCCAGGCCCCAUGUAAAGUCCAGACCAUGGUUGAGGGGUUAGAAGAAUCUCAGGGUCUCCAACUAAGUGGAGCCACCUGCUGGAGUACCCAGGGACGACCUCGUCUGAAUUAGGUGAACACAGCCCGUUUUAUUUGCACAAGAACAGUGACCUCAGGAAAAAGGAAAACAUAUUCCUUGAAAGACACAGUCUUUUGGGUGCGAACCUGAGGCCUCUGUCAGCGCCUGCCCAGCUUCCGGUUCGGAAGUGCAUUCUUGCUCCCUCUGAAAAUCUGUUUUGCAAUAAAUGCUGCCUACUCUGUGCUA